CGCUCUGUGAUAGACCUCAAGGCUUCUUGGGCCAUCGUGUCACUCUGCCGGUCUCUCCUGACAAGGAUGAAAAGCCGAGAUUGAUUUUAGACUCGCUGAAGUGGUCUGACGCUAAGGAAACUGACGGUGAGAGAUCAUUUAACAGAGAUCAUGAUGAGGAGAUCGCUCCCUCUCGUCAUCUGGCUGUCUUCCGCAGUCAGAUGCCAACAACCAAAGGUUCGUGUGUCAGCCCAGGAGGGAGGACUGGCUAAGAUCUCCUGCCCGUAUGACUCUGGAUAUGAAACAGAUCCUAAAUACUUCUAUAAAGGUCUUUAUGCUCACAUGCAGAUUGUCAUUGAAACUGCUGCUGGAAAACAAGGAAGCUCACAAAAUAGGAAAUAUUAUAUUUGUGAUGAUACCAAACAAAGAGUGCUGCAUGUGACCAUCCAUAACGUCAACCUCAACGAUGCUGGGACAUACUGGUGUGUGAUAGAUUCAUCUUGGUUUGAUCCCAAGACAGAAAUUGAACUCAAAGUCUACAAAGCUCCUGCACCUCCUAAAUCUCCACUGGUCACCUCAAAUCCUCCUGUUUUAACCACAGUCCAAAUCAUCACCGGGAACCAGCAACAAUCAGCAAGUGCUACAGUGACAGAAGGUGCCAGUGGUGCAACACUGAGAUCCACAACACCUGAAGAUAUGCAUACAGUAUCCUCACAUAUAGUGUCACCACCACUGCUGCUGUCCUUGGCGGUGGCUUCUGCAGUCCUGCUGAGUCUGUCUGUGGUUUUGUACCUCACACUGAGGAAGUACAAGCAGGGCACAGGAAGAGUUGGAUGUGAAGGGACCCCAAGCAUGGACACGUGCGGCACGCUUAGACAAGUGGAGACUCACAGCCCAGAUCAGCCCGGUGAACUGGACCCAUCAGUCGACGUCACUUCAUCGGAAGUCACGUAUGCUACAGUGGUCGGUCGCAGAGGUCCAGACGCCCACACGUCGGUUCAUCAUCCAGUCGCUAUCCAAACCCAGGUGGCUGAUCCUGGCAGUGAGGACGUCCGUCUGCUCUACUCCACUGUCCACUUCAACAGAGAAGGAACCGCCCUCCAGCCCGGGGGAAAGAUCGGAUCAGCUGCUGGACUCUCCGAGCUGUACGCCACCGUCCAACGGCCACGACAAUAGUCCCUGCUGGAGUAAUUGUUGUUUUGUGUGCUCAUUUAUUAUUGUUAAUUAAUUUCUCAAUCAUGUAUCUGUGUUGUUUGAUGGUGAAUUUGAUCAAAAUGGUGAGAGUUUGGUAUCCACUGACUGUAUUAUUUUAUUUCUUGACAUUCACUUGCUUUCAUGUGUGGAUGAUUUGUGUUACAUGUUGCUUGAACACAAUCUUUUUCUAAAUACACCAAAUAACCUUCACCAAGCUUCACACAUGGACUGUAUAGCAGAAAAUGACUUGCUGAGGCCAAUACGGAUAGUUAACGUAUGAUGCUUUCAGUUACUUUGUAUUGAGUCAUACAUUUUUGUAUUGAGUCAUACAUUUUCCAAGAUGGAACCCACUUCCAGAUGAACUGUUUGUCUCAAAGCACUCUAGAUGCAUAAUCUGGGUUAUCUAUCCAACCCACAGUAAGCCAAAUAUAAUACACAGAUAAAUACUGUACAGUGUUGGUAUCUCUUAGGAGGAGACUUUCUGCCACCUAGUGUCUCAUUUGGCUUUUGCACAGAGGGACAAGUCAGCCAGAUGCCUCAGAAUGAUGCUCAUGUCAUGAUGUAGUCACUUAUGGCUCCAGAAAACCGAGAUGGCGACAUCCAGAACGCCACCACUUGAGUCUUCAGAAUGGUCGUCUGCAAAUCAGUAGCUGGCAUCACAUUGGCUCCGUCCAUCUGUUAGGAUUACAGAAGGUCUAAUUCGUCCUCUACCUUCAGCUCUUUUCCACUCAU